ACGUAAAGGCGAUGGGUGGAGGAUGCUCGAAGAUGCUGUUGAGGGAAUGAGAAAACGCUGUGGUUAUUUUAAGAAAACUGUUAUGAAUAUUAGUAUACAUUAACAACGUGAGACUAUUCAGCGGAAAAGGGAAUGUGGGGGAGGCAUGUUAUGAUGAACAGUGCUUCUUUGUUUUGGUAGCCUCAAUUAAUGCGGACAAGGGACACAACAAUCGAGCUGUGUAUAACAAUAACCAACUCUUCCGGAAAACGUCAUCCUGUGCGAAUAGUCUUUCAAAGACGAGACGACUGUUUGUUUUAAGCACAUCACUGGCUAAAGGCAUCUCAUUUCGUAUGUAGGUUUUGUGUAGUUGUUCGUCUUGAGUUUUUUGACGGUUUGAUCCGAAUAGGUUCUGAGACUGAAGAGGAGAGGGCAUUUAGAGUCAAGUGCUAAAGUGUGCCAAUAUUGCAAGAUAUGUAAGUCUUUCUCCUUUGUUUUCAAGGAUCACAUCCGUGAUGAUGCAAUUUGGUGCAAGCUGUCAUUGUAAUGAAUGCUACGGUUUAGAGGACAACUCUGUCUCGGUGGAUUUGGUUUGAGUGUAGGCCUUAAACACUUAGUUCACUGCCUAAGAGCACCUUUCUUUUAGAAACUGAUUAUUUGCAUCAGUUAUAGAGUAUUGAUUGGGUUCUGCGAAUAGCCCUCAUACCUUAACAGACAUAUUCAAUAGAUGCUCAUAUCCCUAACCGUUUUCCUUUGGGAGGCUCUAUCGACAUUUCUUCAUGUUCAGCUCCGAAAGACUCUCAGUUCCGGAGUAUGUCAGCCGUCUGCAGACCCGGAGGUCUGGCACCUCGGACCCAAAAGCGGUCUCGCCAGGUGUCCACGCAGACGUCCAGGCGGUAUUGGAUUCUUCUCUCCCAUCUCUGCGCUCCGCUAUUAAAACAUUAAAAUCUGCCAAAGAUACCUCGGAUUUGGACGAGACUCGCAGGGCGAUAGCAGAGAUAUACCAAUUAGUGGAGGAGGCCUGGGUUUUACCUACAGUGGGCCGUCAGGUGGCUGAGGACAUGUGCAACCGAAUAAGGCUAGAUGGAGGACUGGAGUUGCUGUUGCAGCUUCUCCUGACACCUGCUGUGGAAAUCACCUACGAGUCUGCCAAGCUACUGGAGCAGAUCCUGGUGUCCGAGAACAGAGAUUAUGUGGCACGAAUGGGCCUUGGGGUCAUUCUCAACCUGACACGAGAACAGGAGGAUGCGCAGCUCGCUCGCAGUGUCUCCGGCAUCCUUGAGCACAUGUUCAAACACACAGAGGAGACGUCAGUUCAACUCAUCACCAACGGUGGUCUGGACGCACUUCUGUUCUGGUGCCGAGGCACCGACCCCACUGUGCUUCGCCACUGCGCCGUGGCCCUCGCCAACUGUGCCAUGUACGGCGGCCACCGGUGCCAGCGGUUGAUGAUAGAGAAACAGGCUGCGGAGUGGCUUUUCCCUUUAGCCUUUUCCAAAGAGGAUGAGCUUAUUCGUUUCCAUUCGUGCUUGGCUGUCGCCGUGCUAGCAGCUAACCGGGAAAUUGAGAAAGAGGUUGUUAAGUCCGGGACUUUGGAGUUGGUGGAGCCAUUCAUCGCAUCGUUGGACCCGGAUGAAUUUGCCCGCAGCUUGCUGGACAGCGAGCACAGCAUGCAGGGACGGACCGCGGCAGACCUGCAGCAGCUCCUGCCCCUGCUGGAUGGAACCAGGCUUGAGGGGAAGUGCAUAGCUGCCUUCUAUCUGUGUGUCGAGACCAGCAUCAAGUCACGCCAGCGCAACACCAAGAUAUUCCAGGAGAUUGGUGCGGUCCAGAGCCUGAAGAGGAUUGUCAUGUAUUCUAGUAACGGGACAGCCUGUGCCCUGGCCAAGCGGGCCCUGUCUGCGAUGGAUGAGGAUGUGCCGAGGCGUAUCCUGUCAUCUGUUCCUAACUGGAAGAGUGGGGAGGUGCAAACCUGGCUCCAACAAGUUGGCUUUAGUGCCUAUAGUGACCGCUUCCAGGAGCUACAAGUGGAUGGAGACCUAUUGUUGAAUAUCACAGACCAGGAUCUGAGUGCUGACUUGGGCAUGACCACAGGACUCACACGCAAGAGGUUCCUCAGAGACCUGCGCGUGCUGAAGACUUACGCCAACUACUCCACAUGUGACCCCAACAACAUGGCCGACUGGCUAGCGGAAGUGGACCCACGCUUCCGCCAGUACACCUACGGCCUGGUGCAGUCGGGCAUUGACCGCAACAGCCUUCUCCACCUCACCGACCAGCAGCUCUCUUCUGACUGUCACAUAGAGAACGGUGUCCACCGUGCCCGGAUCUUGGCAACCAUGCAUCAGCCUUUCAAACCCUGCCUGACUGACUCCCAACCCCCUGGACCAGACGUGUUUAUCAGUUACAGAAGGACUACUGGCUCUCAACUGGCCAGCCUGUUGAAGGUGCACCUUCAGGUGAGAGGAUUCAGCGUCUUUAUCGACGUUGAGAAACUGGAGGCAGGCAAAUUUGAGGACAAGCUUAUUCAGAGUGUGCAGCGGGCACGUAACUUCAUCUUGGUGCUAUCCGCCAACGCCCUUGACAAAUGCAUCGGUGACACAGGCAUGAAGGACUGGGUGCACAAGGAGAUAGUCACUGCCCUGGGAGGAAAAAAGAACAUAGUUCCUGUCACAGAUAACUUUGUGUGGCCUGACCCCAACUGUCUGCCUGAGGACAUGAGAACCAUUCUCAACUUUAAUGGCAUCAAGUGGUCCCACGAGUACCAGGAAGCCACCAUUGAGAAGAUCCUGCGCUUUCUUAAAGGCAACACCGAUCACAACCAGACCGACUGCCCCGAGAGCUCGAAGGGGUCCAAGCAAAAGUAGACACAGAGUUACAAAACUUUCUAAGAGGUGGCAUAAAUCAAUUGGCUGUCAAGGAUUCCAAAAAGAGAAUUGUCUUGGUUACCUCUACACCUAGCCCCACCCCUGUGCAUGUCACAACAAGGCUGUUAUAUGCUAAUUAUAAUGCAGUAUAUGCUAAUGACGAAAAGCUAUUCACUCUCAGCCACAGAUCCAAUAUAAAUGUUACUAUAGUUCAAUUAAAGAAAUUAAUAGUAUUCAGAUGUUGUUAUAUCUAUCUUCUAGGCCCAGAGCUUUUCAACACCAUGCUUAGCCCUGUGGUUUAACUGCCACUCAGCCCCAGGCUAAGAAAGCCAGCUGGGUAAUCAGGAUAUAGGGACCAUAUAGGGAGUCGUCCUGGGGUCCUUCUAUUCACACAAAACAUUAUGAAAAUUGUAAGAU